GUUCAACUGAAAUCAACCCAUAUUAACUCUCAGCGUCAGGUCUCUCGCUUCUUUGUUUCAAAUCUUCAAGUUGACGAGCUGUGUGUGCUACAGAGACUCAGAGACUGAGACAAAGACUCUCUGCAGCUCUUUGUCCUACCAUCGCUCUGAGGCAGCUAAGUGGAGGAUGGCACAGUGAUGGACUGCAGUGCUUGCACCUCAGUUGGCCUCCAGUGACACUGGUGUUGUGGCACAAGGUGGCACCACAAAGUGCACAAAUGGCCAAUUUCUGCGCACACUAGGUGACAGCAUAAAUUGGUCAUUCCAGUUGAGGUCCCAGGCAAGAAGCUUGUUCUUCUUGUAAGGGCAUCGCAUCUGCGCUCUGUUGCAGAUGGGAUUGUGCUGAUGCCAGAGGAUUGCUACACCUUUGGUGUCAUGUCCACUCCAGGGGCAUGCACUGACCAGCUCAGGACUGAGGUUGAACAUGCUGUUCUUCCUCUGACCCCUGAUGCUGUCUGUGUCAUGGCCUCUAGCAACAACCUGACGGCCAGCAAGACACCUGAGCAAGGAGGCAUAGCUUUUGGCCAUUACCUGGUCACUGUCUGCAGUGUGUGGCCGACUGCACAGGUUUUCGUUGCGGACCUUGUCCGAUGCUUGACAGUCCCGGAGGACAUCCAGGAGUUUUUCCGGCAGGAAUUUCACCGCGUGUCAACACGUCUCGGUGUGAAAUAUUUUCACCAUGCUGACUGCUUCCCCCUGAACAACCGCAAGCUGUGGUGCCAUGAUGGUGUGCACCUCAGUGACGACAUGGGGAUGCCUAUCCUCAUGGAGUCGCUGUUGGCUGCCACCAAACAGCACCUGGUGAUACCAGCACCUAAGCCACAGGUGGCACGCCUGUUGUCUCCCAAGCUUCUGCCAAAGGUGGUUCCACAGGUGAUUGAUUGUGGUGGGGAAGGUUGCAGUUCCACGGGCCCCCGCUCCUGAGUGGACGUCUGUACAGUCAGGCAGGAAGAGGAACUACUCUGAACAUGAGCAUGGCUCUGGUUCAUCACAGAGACAAGUGGUUCAUCAUGUGGUGGAUGGAGCUCCAGUGGCCUUGCGCGAGUGUUUCAUUCCACUGAAUCCUGUCCGGUUCCUGCCUGACAUGCUGGUUGCCAUGGAAGAAUUCGCUCCAUCGGCUCAUGACAACAUUUCCACAGGCAACAUGACAGUGUUUGAGGAACCUGGCACCAAACCUGUGUCCCCAAAGCACAAACAUGCCAGGAAGCAGCCGGCAACAACACCAAGAGCUAGGGUGUCUGCCAGUGUCAGGAAGGAGGUGGCAAGGAAUAAGGUCGAGACCUCAACAUCCGUGUUGACUGCUCGUCCUGAAGUCUGGGUUUUGGACCAGAAGGAGGAGGCGACACCCAGCCUUGUGUCGACCUGUGCUGUGUCGGGGACCACUCUUCCUCCAGGUGUGGCUACCCAUCCUGUGGUUGUGUUUCCUGUCCCUGUGCCUGUCCAGGCUGCUGGCCCAGAUGUGACCGUGGUCCACGACACUGAAGCAGCUACAAGGGACACACCAGGGUCCACUCAAAGGCAACAUAUCUGUCCUUUUCUUUGCAGGUGUUUGGAGAAAGUGAUGCACCCAGUAGUGUCAGGGAGCAGUCUGCGUACAGCAUUGUCACGUUUUGAUGUCAAUGCAUACGUGUCGUGCAGUGUUGUUGCAGUAGCUAGGCAUAGCAUUGCUCUGGUUUGUACGUGGCGUGCAACUGACAUUGAUGAUGUUUGUGACAAGGGCCAUAAGAUGGCAAAUAGGGUUGGCAGGGGAAAUGAUGGGUUCAGACAUCAGCAGCUUCAUCUGUUUGGUCAGAAGUGGAAGGUGGAUGUGGGGGAGGCAGUUUACCGUGACUUUCUUGCAUUUGAUGAUGGGACUGAGUUGUGGGAGGACCUGCAGCAGCAUGUGUUGAGGGAUGGGAUGUGUGUGUUGUACCUCCACAGAGCAGUGAUCUUGAUCAUUCAGCAUGGUGACUUUUUUGUUGUGGUGGAUUGUGGAGAGCGUAAUACUUUGGGGUUGGUGUCCGAUAUUGGUCGGUCUGCUGUUGUGUUUAACACAUGCCUGAAUGACCUCAUGAUUCACAUCCUGAAUCUGAAGGAGUCGUUAGGUGCAGAGUGGUUUGGUGUCAGUAGCAUCUCCGUGGAGCAGUGUGUUGCUGAGGGAGAAGGCUGCAGUGCUCCUGUGUUGAUGGCUCCAAAGGCUCCAACUCAGUAUUUAAACUCAGUUUAA